AGAGAAACAACGCAAAUUCAAUGGUCGGUACGAUGCUACGUUGUGUUAUCGACUAUCGAUUUAUAGCUACGAUCGUCCUUAUUAAUAAAACGCAAUUGUUCGAGAAAAUUGAGUGCCGCUUCAAAAUUUAAAGUAAAUACAUAUAAUUAUUUCACGUAAUAAAAUGAAUAGAAAGAAAUUUAGAAGUGAGAGUGAGCAAAUAGUAAAUUUACUGUUUGAAAGUAAAAGUGAUGAUGAGCAUCCAGAAUGUGAAGCGUUGCUAGGAGAAGAAGAGCCACACGACAGGCCAGGAUGCAGCAGAACAUUUGAUGAGCCAGAUGAAUUCAGCAUUUCUUCAAGCGAAGAUGAUACGGAUGACUGCAUUAAUGCAAAUAACGAUUUACGGAAGGACUUGACAGAAUGGACUGUUAAACAUAAUAUAACGAACGCAGCAAUAGAUGAUUUGUUAAAGAUUCUAAGUAAACGCAUUACAGGCCUUCCUUUGUGUGCCCGAACUUUGAAAAAUACUCCAAAGAGUGCCCCAAAGGUCAUAAUGGGUUCCGGGGAAUAUGUACAUUAUGGGGUUGAAAGUGCUUUAACUGACUUUUUAUGUCGAACGGACUUUAGUGGCAAUUGUUUGAAUCUGAACAUUAAUAUCGACGGACUUCCAUUGGCAAAAAGCUCUAAUACUCAGAUAUGGCCAAUUUUAGUUAACGUACAUACAUCGGAUGACAUAAGAGUUAUAGGAGCAUACUGCGGGAAAAGCAAAUCAACAAAUGUUAAUGAGUUUCUUAAAAUAUUUGUAGAUGAGUUAUUAGGGUUGUUGGAAAAAGGACUAGUUUUUAAAGAAAUGCGUUAUAAAGUUACUUGCCGGGCAUUUAUAUGUGAUGCACCUGCACGAGCAUUCGUUCUUGGCAUUAAAGGCCACUCUGGGUAUUCUUGUUGUCCGAAGUGUACACAAAAAGGCGAAUCGAAGUACCAUAAAAUCAUUUUCACAAAAGAAAAUAAUUCAAUUCGAACUGACGCAGAAUUUCGAGCACGAGUAGACAAAAGCCAUCAUGUUCUUUCAGAACCCAUGGUCAUCGAAAAACUUCCAAUAGAUAUUGUGAAGACAUUUGGUAUAGACUACAUGCAUGUGGUUUGCCUUGGAGUAACUAAGACUCUAUUAAUUGCUUUGCUAAGAAAACGCAGCAAAUCAUAUUCCCUUAAACCAACGCAAAUUAAAUUAUUAGAUUCAAGCCUUCAAGCUUUAUACAGUCAAGUGCCGCGGGAAUUUGCUAGACGACCUAGAUCGCUGAAAGAUUUAGAACGGUUUAAGGCAACGGAAUUUAGAUCUUUCUUACUUUAUUCUGGAAUAUUCAUACUGAAAGAUAUUUUAGAUCCUGUACGGUAUAAUCAUUUCUUACUUCUCAGCUUAAGCAUAAGAAUUCUUUUGAAUAAAGACUAUUAUACCAAAUAUAACACCUGUGCAAGUCAAAUGUUAGAUAAAUUUGUUGAAAGUAUGCCCGAGUGCUAUGAUGAAACGUUUUUAACUUUUAAUUUUCAUUGUUUGACUCAUUUGGCCAAUGAGACCUUAUAUUUCGGAAGCCUAGAAACUUUCAGCGCAUUCAAAUUUGAAAAUUAUUUAUCAAAACUGAAGAGGAAAAUAAAGAAAUGCAAACAUGUCGCUGCACAGGUGUAUAAUAGGUUGGUUGAAAACAGCUUAGCCUCACAAAGUAUUGUAACCUCGUCAUGCGUCUUAAAAAAAGGAAAGGUAUUUACUUCUGUGACAACGCCAAACUUCUUCUUUUCCACUAAAGAGCCUGACAAUUUCUAUAGCUUCAAUAAUAGUAUAUAUAAAUUGGUGGCUAUACAUGAUAAUACUGAAGUAAAACUAUCAGGGAAAAAAGUUCUUAAUUUACAAGACUUUUUUGAAACUCCUAUACGGUCAGGGAACCUGAAUAUCAAAUGUUGCAGGGAAUUGGAGUUUUCUACCACUAGCGUUCAACAUUCAUUACAACAGAUAUCAAAAAUUAUAAAAUUUAAUAAUGAAUGCGUCAAUUUGUUUAUUCCUUUUAUCCAUUCCUAAUAAACGUUAAAGCGACAGACAUGGACUUUAAUACCAGUUUUACCAGUGCGACGAACGACACACCAAUAACAAGAAAAGAUCUUCAAAGGUUGGAAGAAAAAGUUUUAGAGCAGAUAAGGAAAUCCGAAAAAAAAAUUUUGAAAGAAAUAGAUCACAACCAACAAUCAAUAAAGCGAAGCCUUACACGAAUUUUACAAGAAACCAAACAAAGCAAAUACAGCCAUAAAACAUCACGGAAUGAGAUUAUCCCCAAAACACCGUUUGACAACAUUGAGGAUUUUAAAAAAUUUGAAAAGGAAAUUCAGGACCAUUCUUCCAAAUACGAAAGUCUGUCCGAAGAACUUUCACAUAUAAUUUGUACGAGCAGUGAAAAAUUUAUUAAAAUGGCUUGGCGUAAAAUCGUUACCGAUAACGCAGCACAAAAUUUAUGCUGGAAAGGGACAAACACCAAAGUGGCAGCAAGAAGUUUAAGCAUUACAGCUGCUUUAAAAAAUGCACUUUCGAUGAAAUUUCCUCAAUCCACAGACGACGAAUUCGCACGAACCUCCAUUACCUUUUUCCAGCAUGCAAAAGGACGACUUCAAAAACGCACUGUAUAUCAAAGCAAUAGAAAUAGUACUUUAGAAACUUCCAAGAUAACUUCAUAAAAUCACAUACAUGUACUGCUAGUUUUUGCUGAACAAUCCAAACCCUGUAUAUAGCCAUUUUAAUUUUAAGUAAAAGUAAAAAAAAAACUGAAUUAUACCUGAGUUUAACAAAACUAAGACUGAAUGAAUUAACAAUCCUUUAUCCAUUUAUUUUUAUUAAAUUUUAUUAAUUUAAAAAAUGUGCCUUCUACUUUUUAAGUUAUCUAAACUUGAGCUAAAACAGGGACUAAAUACAAUUAUAAUUUAUGUUAAGCUACUGUAUUUGUACAUACACAGGAAGUCCGAUAAUUAGAAACAAUUCGUCAUUACAACUUUCGAAAAUUUAUUUUAAUUUAUACAGUUCAUGCUACAACGAAAUCCACAUAACUUAAAGUUUUAAACCUUGUACAAGACUUAUAAAAAUUCACCACAUUUUUUUAAAUUAAGCGAAUUUUUAUAAAUCGUGUACAAGGUUGAAAACUUGUUAGUUAUGUGGAUUUCGUUGUAGCAUGAACUAUGCUUUCGCAAAAAAUAAAUUAAAAGUAAUAAAAAAAAAGUAAAUAGUCAAAAUUUUUAAAGACAAAUUGUUUCUAAUUAUCGGCCCGCCGGUGUAAAUUUUAAGGAAUUUGACUUAAUUUUCCAAAACGAGACUAAAUGUAACACUUAUAAGGAUCUCAUGUGAAUGAACUUUAAGUUAACUAUUUUAUUAAUUUUAAAAUUAAUUAUGUUUCAGCAAUAUUUUUUAAAUCUAAUCUUACCAAAUUUAAUUAACCUAAAUGAAUUCAUCUUAACAAAACGUGAAAAACACAAGACAUAUGAUAGUUUUAAAGUUUUAAAAAAAAUUUAGGUAAAUAAGCAAUAUUCCAAAUAAAUGAAUCAUAUAUUAUGUUU